AACCGCUGUCAAUGGUAUACGUAAUUCUAACGUGUAGAAAAGAGACGCAAAAUUGUAAUCGUGUGAUUUCUCGAGAAGGGAUAACACGUUAGUGCCAUGCGCUACAGUUGUCCUUUCAUAAAAGUUGCUAUAAUAAAAAGAGAUAGUAAAACGACGUUCCAAUAGUAUUAGACGAAGGCAAGUAGUUUUGUUCUGUUGUGAAUUUUGUGAAAUCGUAAUCGCUUCGCCACUCGACUACAGACAUUCAUAAAUAUCACGGUCUCUUUGAUUGACUUCUGUGUUGUCAUCUCCAUCUUGAGAGGGUCACGUUUGUUGUAUUCGUAUUUCGUGUUUUAACGUUCCAAAGAAAAACAAUCCAAAAUGGUUCAUCACAUUAAAGAUAAGGAUGACUUGGAAGCUAAAUUCAAAGAAGCUGGAACCAACUUGGUAGUUCUCGACUUCUCAGCUGCCUGGUGCGGACCUUGUAAAAUGAUUAGCCCCAAAUUGGACGAAUUGGCUGCCGAAUACCCCAACGUCGUUAUUGUAAAAAUCGACGUUGAUGAAUGCGAAGAUCUCGCUAUGGAAUACAACAUCAAGUCCAUGCCCACAUUCAUUUUCCUGAAGAACGGUCAAGAAAUCGCGAAUUUCAGCGGAGCUAACUACGAAAGACUAAAACAAACCAUUGAAGAUAACAAGUAAUGCAAAACCCAGAAUAUUCUGCCUAAAUAUUUUUUUAAUAAAUUAUUCAAAAUAAAUAUGUAUUAAUGAUAUUGUAGCUCCGUUAAAACUAUAUUCGUACUGCAUAGUAAUUUUAUUUUGUACUUGUUCUUGUUAAUGUCAAAUGUUUUGAAAUAUUUUUGAAAAGUAGUGCCUGACGCUGUUAUACACUUCAUUUAUCUAUAAAUAUAUAUUUAAGAUUUACACAGUUGUCUUUUAAGUAUGUUAAUAUAUUAUGUGACAUGUUGCACAUGAAGGUAAUAAAAGCUGUUGCUACAUAA